ACAGCAACAUCGACUAGCUCUGUCUACGGCUGCUGGUAGCAACAGCAGCAACCAUGGGAAGCGCUCCGGCGGCGAACGUCCGCGAGAUCUGCCGCGCGCGGCGCGCCGACGGCCCCGCCGCCGUGCUCGCCAUCGGCACGGCCAACCCGGCCAACUGCGUGCUCCAGGACGACUUCCCCGACUUCUACUUCCGCGCCACCAAGAGCGACCACCUCACCGGCCUCAAGGACAAGUUCAGGAGAGUUUGCCAGAAGCUGGGCGUGCAGAAGCGCUACCUGCACCACACCGAGGAGCUGCUGGGCGCGCACCCAGAAUUCCUGGACCUCCACGCGCCGUCCCUGGACGCGCGGCUAGACAUCGCCAAGGCCGCGGUGCCGGAGCUCGCCGCGGAGGCCUCCCGGAGGGCCAUCGCCGAGUGGGGCCGCCCGGCCGCCGACAUCACGCACCUCGUCGUCACCACCAACUCCGGCGCGCACAUCCCGGGCGUCGACUUCCAGCUGGUCCCGCUCCUCGGCCUCCGCCCCACCGUGCGCCGCACCAUGCUCUACCUCAACGGCUGCUUCGCCGGAGCCGCCGCGCUGCGCGUCGCCAAGGACCUCGCCGAGAACAACCGCGGCGCGCGCGUGCUCGUCGUCUGCGCCGAGCUCACCGUCCUGCUCUUCAACAGGCCCGAGGAGGGCUGCUUCCAGACGCUCAUCAACCAGGGCCUCUUCGGCGACGGCGCGGGGGCCGUCGUCGUCGGCGCCGAUCCCGUGAUCACGACCCCCGCCGUCCGAGAGCACCCGCUGUUCGAGAUCGUGUCCGCCGCGCAGACCAUCAUACCGGAGUCCGAAGACGUCAUCGCCAUGCACCUCACCAAAGGCGGCUACGGCGGCAACAUCUCCACCAGGCAGGUACCCGUGCUCAUCGGCGACAACAUCGAGCGCUGCCUCCUCGACGCGUUCGAGCCGCUCGGCAUCUGCGCCGAAUGGAACGACCUGUUCUGGGACGUGCACCCGGGCUCGUCGGCGAUCCUGGACCAGGUCGACGCCGUGCUCCAGCUCAAGCCCGAGAAGCUGGCGGCGAGCAGGCGCAUCCUGAGCGAGUACGGGAACAUGUUCGGCGUCACGGUCAUCUUCGUGCUCGACGAGCUGCGCCGCCGGAUGGAGAAGGGGGCGCCCGAGUGGGGGGCCAUGGUAGCGUUCGGACCCGGGCUCACCGUUGAGACGAUGGUGCUGCACCGGUGCGUGGCGCAGGGCACAGGCGCCGCUGCCCCACCUGAGGACAAACUGACAGUGGCCUAAGCGUGACCGAUUUGUGGUGGAUCUGGAUCGGGCUUCCAUGCAUGCUGCUUGGUCAACGUCCCGUUCAUGCCUGAAAAAUAUUGUUCAAAGACUUUGCUUGUGUUGACUCCUUGUGUAAUAAAUUCAGAGCUGGAUUAUUCCAAACGAUUCUUGCUGA